CAGUGCACCCCCGCUCCCGUCCGGUAUCCGCGCUCCUCGCUCUGCCAGGUGCCAUCUUCCUCCCCGAAUCCCGGGCGAUGCCUGGCCCCGAGUACCCUCGGUGGACAUGGAAGACACCCCUCUGCUGGGCCGCAUGUCCAGCCCAGAAGACGAGAUGGUGACCAACCUUUUCAGCGCGGAGAGUCAGUUUGUUUCUGAAAACCUUCCUCUGAAGUCCCCGGUGGCCGUGAAGCACGAGGAAGAUGAGUUCCACGUCCUUAAAGACGCAUAUCUGGGCGCCGCUGACCCCAGAGAGCCCCUGCUGCACACGUUCAACCCCCCGCUCAGCGUAGACUGCAAGAAUAAGGUCAAAGUGGAGCUCCUGAUGGAUGAGAACGAAGAUGAGGAGGUACUCGGGGAGUAUCCGAGCCUCCCCGACCUCAAUCCCCUGAAAGACAGCGUUCUGCCCGCGGCCCCGCAGCCACAGGCCUACAACGUCCACUUCCUGUCCUCCCUGCUGACUCCGCACAGGAGUCCGGCUGUCUUGCCCCUGGGCGCCUGGGCCAGGGAAGGAGCCGGCCACCCCGGUGUCCGGGUGAUUCCAGUUGAAAUAAAGGAAGCCGGUGGUUCGAUUACAAGUAACAACCUGGAGGAAGCAACUUUUCAGAACCCUCUUGCCCAGGAGUCCUGUGGCAAGUUCUCAUCAUCACAGGAAAGAGAGGAUGCCUCUGGCUGCUCCCAGAAGAAGGACUUGAACCCAAUGGUGAUAUGUCAGUUGAAAGGGGGUACACAAAUGCUGUGUAUAGACAAUUCUGGCACAAGAGAACUAAAAGCACUUCAUUUGGUUCCUCAGUAUCAAGACCAAAAUAAUUAUCUACAGUCAGAUGCCCCUAAACCUAUGACUACUUUAGUAGGAAGAUUUUUGCCAGUACCAGCAAAAUUAAAUCUCAUUACACAACAACUGGAUAAUACAGCCUUACCAUCCGUAGUCAGUGGGUCUGCUUUUCCCUCGGGAUCAACUCUUCCAGGACCACCAAAUAUAACUUUGGCUGGGUACUGUGAUUGCUUUGCUGGUGGAGACUUUUGCAACAACUGCAAUUGUAAUAAUUGUUGCAACAAUUUACGUCAUGAAAUGGAACGGUUUAAGGCCAUUAAGGCAUGUCUUGACAGAAAUCCGGAAGCUUUCCAACCAAAAAUUGGGAAAGGAAAGUUGGGAGACGCCAAGCCUCGGCACAGCAAAGGCUGCAACUGCAGGAGGUCGGGCUGCCUUAAGAACUACUGUGAGUGCUACGAGGCCAAAAUUAUGUGUUCUUCUAUUUGUAAAUGCAUUGGUUGCAAAAAUUAUGAAGAAAGCCUAGAACGAAAAACGCUAAUGAAUAUGCCAAAUUAUAUGGAAGUUGGAGGUUUUGAAGGCAGCCAUCAUUUAUCACCAACUAAAUUUUCAGGACUACCAAAAUUCAGAAGAGACAGGCCGUCUUCCUCAUGCAUCUCCUGGGAGGUGGUGGAGGCCACGUGCGCCUGCCUGCUGGCUCAAGGCGAAGAGGCGGAGAAGGAGCGCCGCUCCGAGUGCUUGGCGGAGCAGAUGAUCUUAGAGGAAUUCGGGAGAUGCUUGUCACAGAUUCUCCUUAUUGAGUUCAAAUCCAAAGGGCUGAAAAUUGAGUAG